GAAAAUUCGAGCACAGCACGGUAAUUUCAUGAAACGCCGGGGAAAUUCUAGGACGAUGCCGGCAAUGGCAUGCAGAGUCCGUCGCCGCAUCAGUCAUUCUUCAAUUUGAUCAACAUCUCACAAACAUGACAACGAACGCCAUGAAAGCUCGAAGCCAGUUGGCAGUCGUCAAGGAGCAUGUCGACCGUAUCCACGACAUCCUAACCACACGCCUGCCCAACCAACAUGGCAUCAUAGCGGCCGAGCUCGCCGCAACCAAGUGGCUCUGCGUUGCGCAUCACGACAACGCGCCAACCCACGUCAAGAAGUGCAAACUUCAAGUCAGCAAUUACCGCUUCCGAGUGCUUGAGCAAGGCGAACGUUUAACCCGGUUGCUCUGCGACUUGGACCUUGUCGAAAGCGAUGGCGACAUGGAGAUCCGACAAGAACGAAAGCGACUCGUUCUGCGCAUCCAAGACGAACUUGUCCUUGCUGAUGCGAUGAAAGUUCGAUGCGACAAGCUCGUUGAUUUCCACGCCACCCUGUUUCCCUCCUCUGAUGCGGCGACAGACGGCGCCUCGACAUUAAACGUGACCUCCGACAACCUUGACGCGACGGAGGAGGAGGAGACCGCGCGUGCUGAAGAUGUCAACAACGAUGAAAUGGAUUCCAACGACCAAACCGACGACCACACCAGCGAGGUUGAUGACGACGAAUGUGACGACGAAGACAUGGACAACGAGGAGGAAGAUGAAGGUGCUGAGGAGGAGUCACACAUCCCCGAGUGGACUCCGCGCUACGAAGUGCAUGAAGGUCGCGAUGGAGCUGUGUACCUCUUGGCGGAUCUGACGGGUGUCGAUUUGAACCGGCAUUUGGAUGUGCAAAUCGACGGAGAUGUGCUCCGCGUGACUGGCACCAAGCUUCCCACUCCACGGGACUUGCAAGUGAUGCGGAUGACGGGUCAACCCACGUUCGGACGCUUCGUCAUCGCCGAAUCAUUUCCGAGUCACUUGUUCAACCUUCACGGCGCCACCCUUCGUCGUGCUGCUGGCGGUGUCGUCGAAGUUCGGAUUCCUCGUGCCAGAGCAGUGUACAACCCGUUCUUUCCGCGCAGCUACGCGGCUAGCCAGCGUCGGGCGACGCCGUUUGCCAACAUGGGCCUGGCGUGGUAGGGCAUCUCGUGUCAAUAGUGUAUUUAAUUUCAAUGUAUUGGAUCCGUAACACUUGCCGUUCCAACAGUCACAUCGGAGCCCUGGCGUUCGAGUCCACGUUCUGCAGAUCAAAGCAGCAUUUUGAAUGGUUUCAUGCACGGCGCAAUCGACCUCGCCAGGAUGUUGCAACGAGCUCAACUUUCUUCACGAAGUACGCACAAGCCACAGCA